CGCCGGUGACACCACUGGAAGAUCCCACGACGGCGUACUCAGAGUCAUUAACCUGUACAUAUCUCUUGAUAUAUCUUUCUGUUGGCUUGCUCGUUAGGUAAUUUCAUUAUUGACACAAUAAUAAUAUCGUUAUCGCAUUAGCCAAAAGGAAACAGCUGUUCGAAGAUCCACCAAUGUGUCGUGCGGAAGAUAAUCUCGGUAAGAUGAAGAAAAAUAUCGAUACACAGUUUUUCGAUAGCGCACGAAAAUCGUUGCAACGGCGGCACUGCUCCCUUGGUCCGAAAUGGACAUUGGAGUCGGGUACUGUCGUGGAAGAUGUGCUUUUCAAGGCUGGGGAGGAGCUCACAGUUCGCCAUCCAAUUCACUCCUUUAUGCUGGACAUACAAGAUCCCUACACUCAAGGGUUGUUCAGUAAGAAGAACUGGGCAGAAAUCAAGAAGGAUCUUCCUAGUGCUAUGCCUUAUGCCAGAACAACUUCGACGUACUUGGAUACUUUCGAUACGGUGAAGACCAUCGAGGACCUCAGAUCACGGCUGAACCAUCGUCCCGAGGAUGUGGAACUCGAGCUGGUUCACAUGUGCUUAGUCAAUUGGCUAAAUUUGUAUGAGAUGACAAGUCCAUCUCCUUUUGCGAUUGAAAGCAGCCUCUCGGAAUCAUGGUGGCUGUCGCAGGCAUGGGGCGUCUGCAGCUAACUGAUUAAGGGAGUUCACGGAUGCUUCAUGCUGAGAGGGGACA